CGGCCGCGGCCGCACGGGUGCCGGUUCGACGCCCGAUUCGUUGUAUAAUAGAAUUAAACGCAAUUAACAAUAUUCAGUGUUGAGAUUGAUCGACAACAGUGUAAAAAAAAAUAUAAUUAGAUUUUUUCAAAACAUACAGUUACAGAAAAAACAUUUUGGAUUUAAGUGGCAGUUAAUAAAUAUGUUUAGUUAUAUUUAUAAUUAAAAACACUUCAACAGGUGGACCUUCAGCUUGUUUGCCAUUCUAAGUUGUAUAAAAAAAUGUACAUAAUAAAAUAUUAAUAAACAAAUUCCUUAUUAAUGACAUAGACUAUUAAUGUGUCGAAGCGUGUUAAGUACAUCUAAUGUCCUUCGGCACAGACAAUAAAAUAUACAUCUUUAAUUCACACAAACAUUCGAGUGCGUGAAAAAAGUUAAAAAGUGCUGUGUACACGCGGUACGAACUAGACCGGUGCAACCAUGGGCUGUGGAUCAUCGGCCAACGUGGUACCAUCGCAGGAGACAGCAAACGGCCACAAGCCCGCCAACGGACAGAACGGUGUGACGAACGAUCACAGUGACCACGACCAUGACGACUUGCCCACGGUGGUCUUGCCAGAUACGCCAAUCAAACCCAAGCCUCCAAUAGCCUUCGAGAUACCCCUAGAAGAGAUCGACGGCAACCGUCGGGACUCCAACACGCCUCCACCACAUUUGCAAAGGCUGCUGCAGCCACCCCAAGCUGAAAUUAGUCUACCAGAUAUAGAAGAGAAAUUAGCUGAGGCCGAGCAAAGAAGACUAGCGAUACUGCAACAACGAGCGGCGUCCGCACAGAAGAGAGCACAGAGGAUGAUGAAGUCCAUGCACGAGAUGGACAGGCUCGACUCGGAACAUGAACCUACGGACACCACCAAACAUGGCAUCAAUACCUUAAAAAUCCCACCGGAGCCAGGAGUUUGUGAAGACAAGAAUAUCACUUAAAAUUUUUUUUAUUUAAUAUCAAUUUUGUAAUAAAUAGUUUUAUAAUAAAAUUAAGACUAUAUCUAUUGUACUAUAUCUAUAUGUACUUAACAUCAUAUUGUGUGUUAAUUGUAAUUCGAUAGCAAUGAAGUGAUAAUUUACCUGUCAGUUUAUAUUUCAGUGUUUUAUAUGCAGUUACAAAAGAGUUUAAAUUAUAAAAUUAAAUAAAUUUAUUAGUAUUUUUA